CCGAAAGGCCGCCACUCAUUACAUAAAGAAUGUCUUCCGAAGCGACGUCAGCUAAAGAUAUCAAUGUCGUGGUCGAAUAUCUCGGCGAUCAACAGAUCCAAGACCUAUCGUCAUCUCCCUCAGUGGACUGUAUCGUCAUCUGCGCGUCGGCAAUUCUCUAUCAAGCCGAAUAUCUGUUUCAGGUACUACAAGAGCGACCGUCCUUAAGCAAAUGUUUGGUUCUAUGUGGUGGCGUGGGCCACUCCACCCAUUUCAUGUAUGACGCUGUUGCGCAACACCCUCGCUUCUCACGGAUCGCACAAGACAUCCACGGCUUACCCGAAGCCCGUGUCUUGGAGGGGAUCCUGGACACUUUCUUUGACCGAUCCGCCAUCACGGAUGGAGGUUGUAUGAUCUUAAUUGAAGAUCAAUCCACCAACUGUGGCCUAAACGCCUCGCUGAGUCGGAAAGUGCUCGAUGCAGCAGAUCUCCAAGACCUCAAGACGUGUAUUAUCAUUCAAGAUCCUACGAUGAUGCUGCGAACAAAAGCCUCAUUCCAAAGGGCGUACGAGGACAAGCUGUCGCCUCCCUCUUUCAUGAGCUGCCCAAUAAUCGUCCCGCAUAUGCAAAGAACAGAAGCUUUGGAAUUGAAAUAUCAGGAUCUACCGCUGGGAAACGCAUGGUGGUCACUGGAUCGAUUUUUAGAGUUGAUAAUGGGGGAAAUCCCCAGACUCAGGGAUGAUGAAAGUGGGUAUGGGCCAAGAGGAAAGGGGUUCAUUCCUCAUGUGGAAGUUCCCAAGCAUGUUGAAGAAGCAUGGUCACGACUACGGGUGAUUUCAAACACCUAUCGGUGAAUCUUGCGCUGCGGCAUACUGUGUAGAAGUAGAGAUUUCAUCCUGUCGAAAAGAUAGUGCACGGACCAC